AUGACAGAUACUGUAGUACCAACAACUAGUGACAAAACUGUUUCAUCAACUGAAACAGUUGCUAAUGCUGAUUCAGUUACAACAGUGACAAAAUCUAAAACAAUUCAUCCUGAUCAUUCUGUUACUGUAACUACAACAGUCGAUAAAACUGAACAAAAAAAUGGUGAUCAUAUUGUAACAAGUGUAACUCAAACAACAUCAUCAUCAUUAGAUCCCAAUGUUGAUAAAAAGAUCAUUCGUCAAAUCGAAUAUUAUCUUAGUGAUGUUAAUAUGGUUCGAGAUAAAUUUCUCAAAAAUGAAAUCACCAAAGAUGAAGGCUGGAUUCCAUUAUCUGUUUUAACAACAUUUAAACGUCUUCAAUCAUUGACAACUGAUUUUAACACAAUAAUAAGUGCGUUAAAAAAAUCUGUUUCGGGUCUUAUACAAAUAGAUGAAACACAAAAUAAAAUCCGUCGUCAUCCAGAACGUCCAUUACCAUCUAGUCAAGCUGAACUCGAAUUAUCAUUACGUAAUCGUACUGUUUUUGUGAAAGGGUUUCCUAAAACAACUGAUAUUAACAUCGACAAAUUACUUCAUUUCUUUGAAAAAUUUGGUUCAAUAGAAAGUGUUCAGAUGAAAAAGCAAUUUAAAUCAAAAGACUUCAAUGGUGCUGCAUUUGUUGUUUUUCCAACUGAUGACAAUGCUCGAGAAUUCAUUCAGAAAUCUAAAGAAACACCAAUUGUCUAUGAUGAUGGAUCUGCAUUAGAAUGUUCAUUACAAGAUGAUUUCUAUAAGAAAAAAGCAUUAGAUUCAGCAAAUGGUGGAAGAUCAGCAGAUGAUGAUGAUGCAAAAGAAAAACGAGCUAAUGACAAACAGGGACGAAAAGAAAAACGAAAGGAAGAAUUAGACAAAAAGACAAACGAACACUUAGAAAAAUUAAAUAAUGAAAAUUUAACCGGUGCUGUUAUUCAUCUUGCUGGCAUGACGCCAAAUGUGACAAGAGAAUUAAUUAAAGAAAAAUUCAAUCCAUUCACAAAAAUGCCCUGGAUUGAUUUCAAUAAAGGUGAUGCUGAGGCAUGGGUACGAUUAAAUGAAGCUGAUACAGCCAAAACUGUCCUUGAAAAAGUUUUAGCAGCUGGACAAGGCAAACUUGUGAUUGAUGGCAAGGAAGUUAUAAGUCGGUUGGUUGAAGGUGAAGAAGAAGUUGAAUUUUGGAAAGAAGCUAACGAAAAACGUGCAGCGGAAAGAAUAAAGAAAAGUGAACGAUUUGGUGGUGGAGGUAAACGAGGUGGACGAGGUGGACGGGGUGGACGAGGUGGCAAGCGAAAUAAUGAUCGUCGCGGCGGACAGAAACGAAAACGUGACCAAGGACGCGGUGGUGAUAGUGAAUCAAAUGACGAAGAUGAAUCAACUGAAUCUAAAUCACCCAAAAAAGUCAAGGGCGUAACAGCCGAUUAA